GUGCGUGUAGUUGAGAUAAUCAGCUGUUCAAAAUAAUAGUCGAGUUUGUUUUGCUUGUGUAUUUUAUAUAUUUUAUAUAUGUGAGCUUUCUUUUUUCUCCAAAAUUUAUAUUAUUUUAAAAAAUACAGAAGGAAAAUACAGCUAAAACAAUAAAGCUUUUACGCUUUCAGUGUAAAAUUUAUCGAGUAUAUCAGCUAUUUUCUCAGUAACGUUUUCUGCAUUUGUUUUUCACCUGUUUGUUAAAGGAGUUAUUGUACGUAUUUUGAAUAAAGUAAAUGCGAAAAGGUGCUGUUAGAAGCGAAUGAAAUCUGUUUCACGAGGAACUUGAGAUUUCUAAACUUUUUGUUUACUAAAAAUCUAGUUAUUAUCUGACAAGUGAUCAGUUCUAACCUGAUUCUCUUGUAUAUGCUGGACAAUUGUUUCGAGUUGAAAGCAUUCUGCAAAAAAAGAAACUUCGUCUAAAUUAAUUAAAGUUAAAAUUAAACUAACGUCUAAACUUAAAUUAAACAUGUCACAUCGCGAUGCUGAUAAUGAUAGCAUGGAUAACUUGUUGGAUGAGAAGAGCAUUGAUCUGGAAAAAUGUAGAAAAUUAGUUAAAUCGUACAUCGAUUUGCAUCUGUACAGUGCCGCCUUGUUUUGGGCUGAUAAAGUAGUGUCGCUGAGCAACCAGGAUCCAAAAGAUAUAUGCACCUUGGCACAGUGCAUGUAUCUCAUGAAACAAUACCAUCGUGCUGCACAUCUCAUAAAGAGAUAUGGAUUACAAAAGACUGAUGUAAUGUGUCAUUACUUGACUGUGAGGUGUUUGCUAGAAGCAAAAGAAUAUAGCGAUGCUCUUCAAGUUAUCAAUGAAUCUGAAAUAUGCACUAAUAUAACACAAGCAGGUAUUACAUUUGCGAGUCGUAUGGAUAUUUUUCAGGAUGCCCCAAAAAAUGUUCAGAGUUCGAUAUUAUAUAUAAAAGGAAGAGUUUACGAAGCAAUGGAUAACAGAGCAGUAGCAACAGAAUGUUAUAAACAAGCUCUACAAUGUGAUGUUUAUUCAUAUGAAGCAUUUGAAGCUUUAGUACAGAAUCAGAUGCUAUCAGCUUCUGAAGAGCAGGAACUUUUGGAAUCCUUACCGUUUGCUGAACAAUGUAUAAAAGGUGAAGCAGAACUUCUGCAACUGUUGUACGAUAGUACUAAAAAAUAUCAAGCGCCAAAUACAAAACAAUCAUUAAUUACAUGCAAUGUAAUGGGAAUUUCUGUCGCUGACAGAUUGGUGGAUAAUUUAGAUAUGCAAGUUGCAAAGGCUGAAAGAUUAUAUUAUAAUUGUGAUUAUCAUCAAUGUUUCUCACUUACAGAAAAAAUCUUGAAAAAGGAUCCAUAUCAUAACUCGUGUCUGCCAGUACAUAUUGCCUGCUUAGUCGAGCUUAAAAAGACUAAUGCUUUAUUUUAUCUGGCACACAAAUUGGUUGAUUUAUAUCCGGAAAUGGCUUUGGCAUGGUUUGCAGUCGGAUGCUAUUAUUACACCAUAAGUAAAAGUGAUCAAGCUAGAAGAUAUUUAGCGAAGGCUACCGCGCUGGACAGACUAUUUGGUCCUGCUUGGUUGGCGUAUGGACAUUCCUUUGCAGUAGAAAAUGAGCACGAUCAAGCAAUGGCUGCUUAUUUUAAAGCAUCACAAUUGAUGAAAGGUUGCCAUCUUCCGCUUUUGUAUAUCGGAUUAGAAUGCGGUUUGACGAAUAAUCUUAAACUGGCUGACAAGUUCUUUCAACAAGCUCAAGGAAUAGCACCGAACGAUCCAUUUGUGAUACAUGAAAUGGGCGUUAUAUACUUUUACAACUUAGAUUACAAAAAUGCAGAACGAUUAUUUAAGGAAGCUAUGAAAAGCAUUCAGGGCGACGUAAGAAAUGUGAUUCUUCCCAGUAAAUGGGAAGCACUACUGAAUAAUUUGGGUCACACUUGUAGAAAAAUGAAAAAGUAUGACGAGGCAUUGGAAUAUCAUCAACAGGCAUUAGUCUUGGAUCCUUUAAAUCCAUCGACUUACUCAUCGAUUGGUUUUAUUCACGCGUUAAUGGGUAACAUUCAGGAAGCAGUGGAUGCUUUUCAUAGAGCACUUGGUCUCAGAAAGGAUGACACAUUUACCGCAACCAUGUUGGGUUACGUGAUGGAACAUUUGAUUGAUGAGGCACCACCUUAUCCUGAUGCACCUACGGAAAUACCGAAAUACAAAUCUGAGGACAACGAAGCCAGACCGGAAAAUUCCAACAAUGUAGGCAAUAGCUCGAGCAAUCAAGAUAUCGAUAAAUUAAAAGUGAUUCUCUUUUCUAAUAGCUGGGGAGAAAAUUCCAGCAAAAUGGGAAAGAUUUGGGAAGAUGGUACGUCCGGGAAAUUAGAACGACAAACGCGAGAUGUUGUGAAUUACUCAACCGGUGAUACUUCCGAGGUUGAAAUGUUAGAUUCAUCGACUGCGCAUAUAGAAUAUAAUUGAAUCCGCGAACUUUUCUCACACUUUCAUCAACGUACAAAGCAAAUAAUUUCGCUUAAAGCAUAUUUAUUCUUCGCAAUCAUAUGUAAUAUUUAGUACUAAAAUGGUGUAAAUAUUGUAUAUAUAUUUUUAUAUCACUUUAGUUUUGAUACAUCUUGUAAGAUUAUUUCGCGAUGUUGUGGCAAGACACCUUACUCCGUUGAUAUUGUAACAACUUACGUUUAUUAAACAUGUAUUAGCUUGAAAAAUGAAAAAUGCGAUGACAA